GUGGAAGACGAAAACCCUAAACCCUAAUUAACAACCUCAAUGCCAUUCCUAUAUAAAUAAACGUGGCCAUAGAAGAAUGUAACCCAAAUUUCUUCUCUUCUUUAUACUUCGAAGCGUUAUUGCCUUUGUGGUUCUUAGCUUCUAAACUUCAUUUCUUCAUCCUAAAUCAUUUGCUUCACAUACCUGACGCUCACGAACAAAUGUCGUCGGACGAUGAAAGCGAGGAGAUGGAGUUGGAUCUCUCCUCUCCGGGUGUUGUUACAAAGUACAAAAAUGCUGCUGAGAUCAUAAACAGUCACUAAUCUUUGUCUUUCCAUUGCAUGUCUAAUUGAGCUCGCGGCAUAGUUACUCUUCAAUUUUUUGUUAUAUGAAUUAUGACAUUGUUCUUUGUAACACAACAUUCAUGCCGAGGCAUUGCAGCUGGUGAUAUCCCAAUGUAAACCAAAAGCAAAAAUCGUUGACAUUUGCGAAAUAGGCGAUUCCUUCACUUGAGAGCAAACAGUAAACAUAUACAAGAAUGUUAAGAAGAAGAUGAAACAGUGAUGGAAGAAGGAGAUAUACUCAAGAUGUAACCAAAUUAUACAUUGACUGGUUGCUGUUUUCUUGUGGCGUGUUUAAUGACAGUUGAUUGAUGAUGGAUUUUUCUUACGGUAGUGAUAUGGGCUGCCAUAUUGAUGGGUUUAUCGCUGUAGUUCUUCACACUCAUGUUCUGCAAGAAGGUCCAGUGACUGGAAGGGCAGCCGAUGUCAUUGCAGCUGCUAACACUGCUGCUGAAGUUACCUUAAUGCUUGUUAGGCCUGGGAAAAAGAAUAAAGAUGUAACAGAAGCCAUCCAAAAGGUUGCAGCUGCUUAUGAUUGCAAAGUUGUUGAAGGGGUUCUUAGCCACCAGUUGAAGCAAUUUGUGAUUGAUGGAAACAAGGUUAUUCUUAGUGUUUCGAAUCCAGAAACAAGAGUCGAUGAUGCCGAGUUUGAAGAGAAUGAAAUUUAUGCAAUAGACAUAGUUACAAGUACGGGUGAAGGCAAGCCUAAGUUGUUGGAUGAGAAGCAGACGACUAUAUAUAAGAGAGCUAUGGACAAGAGCUAUCACUUGAAGAUGAAAGCAUGUAUUAUUUUCAGUGAAAUAAGUAAGAAAUUUCCUGUUCUGCCUUUCACUGCUAGGUUGGUUGUGUUUCGACAAUGAAUUUUUUCGGGAGGCAUUUGCUUGCAAUUCUGAGGCACAGGUUUAGCAACUUAAUAGGGCUUUGGAAGAGAAAAGAGCUAGGCUGGGACUAGUCGAAUGUGUCAAUCGUGAUCUAUUACAACCGUAUCCCAUCCUCCAUGUGUUAAUUGUGAUCUAUUGCAACCAAGUUUUCUGGAUGAAUUUCAGGUAAGAAAGGCGACAACAAACUCAACAAUUCAACAGAGGUUGAGCCAAUGGAUUCGACAAGAACUGUGGGUGCAUCACAGGAAUGAGCUCUACCCCAUUUGGUCUCAUGGUCCUUUCAACCCAUCAUUUCAAUUUUGGCACUGUUUCCUUCCUUUUCUUGUAUGUUUGAUUGACUAGCCUUCAUGAGUAUGUUCUCUUUGACAUAAAAAAGAAUAACAUUUUUUUUUUAUUACUUCCCUCUCAUCUACAUAUUUUUAUUGGCAAAGUAUACAAUUUAGCUCGAUAAACAUGUCUACUUAUAAUAUUAUUCUAAAAGGGAAUUUUGAUACUUCA